UUCGCGCACCUCGCGCUCGCGCUGCUCACCGUCGCCCCGCUGUUCACGGCUGUCAACACGAAUCUGAACGUCCUCCUGACCGCGUCGCUCGCCGUGUACGCGGGCGCUCACCGAUCCGUGCGCCCGGCCGCGUCCGGGCUCACGGAGGCGAUGUCGAAGCAGGACGCGAUGCGGUUCCCCAUCGUCGGCAGCUGCGUCCUCCUCGGUUUUUUCAUCCUGUUCAAGUACCUCCCCGCGGAUCUGAUCAACAAGCUCAUGACCGGGUACUUUCUCUUGCUCGGCGUCGCCGCGCUCACGGGCGCGCUCGCGCCGGUUCUUGGCCUGUGCAUGCCGCGCGCGCUCGCGGUGAAGAGACUGAACUUCGGGACGAUACCGACGAUCAAGUUCAUCACGGACGAGCCCACGCGGUUGUCGCUCACCGUCGCGGAGCUCGUCGCCGGCGUCGUCAGCGUCGCGUUUUCGCUGUGGUACGUGAUGAAGAAGCACUGGAUCGCGAACAACGCGUUGGGGCUCGCGUUCUCGCUCACGGGGAUCGAGUUUCUCACCCUGGAGAGCGUCCAGAUCGGGACGAUUCUGCUCGUCGGUCUGUUCUUCUACGACAUCUUCUGGGUGUUCUGCACGCCCGUCAUGGUCAGCGUCGCGAAAUCGUUCGACGCGCCGAUUAAACUGCUCUUCCCGAAGGGUUUCGUCGUCGACGCGAAGCAGCAAUUCAGCAUGUUAGGUCUCGGGGACAUCGUCAUCCCGGGGAUAUACGUCGCGCUGAUUUUGCGGAUGGACAUCGCGCUGAGAGCGGCCGCGAAGAAAGCGAGGCGGCCCAAACCGAGGUCGUACUUUCCCGCGGUGGCGUUCGGCUACGUCGCCGGCCUCGGGACCACGAUUCUCGUGAUGAACGUCUUCAACGCCGCGCAGCCGGCGUUGCUUUACAUCGUCCCGGGGAUCCUCGGCGGGACGUUCACGCGGGCGCUGUUCGCGGGUGGAUUGAAAGAGCUC